AGUGAAGAAGCGCAUCAGGAGCCUGAGAUCUCAGCUGCGCUGGAAACUGGUGGAAGUCAGCUGUCUGGAGGAGGCAGAAGAACUUUCUUCUUAAAGAUUCUUAAGAAGAAGGAGGAGAUCGCCGAGACGAGAAAUGCUCUCUUUCAAGAAAUCCGCCAUGAGAAGAAGCAAUAUAUAGUGCUGUGUGACCUCAUGAACAGAGGGUUUCCCGAGUUGCCAUUGAUCUAUCCUGAUGCAGAUAUCAAUGGCUAUAUGAGCUCUGCAGGACUGUUAAUGAAGAGCUUGGACAGAGACAUGUUUGACGCAGAGCCGAUGAAAGAGCUGAGUGGCAGGAGACCUCUUCUUAGCACAGACUUCCAGGGACAGAAAGUAGUCCUGAAGUGCUAUGCUGUGGAUGAAGAGUCCGAGGCGAAGAUGAUUGAACAAUCUGCCUACUAUCACAGAGCUCAGCAGCAGAAUCCCGCCACAACUGUUCCUCUCCUGGCUCUGUUUUCUCCAGUCUGAUCCACUGGCAUACAUCAUGGUACCACAC